UUUAUUUGGUUAGCGCUAUCAUUAAAGGGACUUACACCUGUCCACGUUAACUAAUCACACAUGUCAACAACGCUCGUUUCAAUUUUACCUAUACCCUUUAACGGCGUGUUUAUACCAUUACACUGUCAUUUCUAGUCAACCAGUCUACAAGAUAGUUCAUGAUAUCUGGAAGUGUCAUAUCCAACAGACCGCACUCUGAAUAAUAUAGUCUAGGAAAGAAGGCCCGCGUUUCAUGUUCAAGAGUGAAUUUCUAACCCUUCCCUGUACACCAGAACAAUCAACGUUGCAUCGUGUCAUGUUGAUGGUUGAAAGAAGAUAGAGGUUGUAAUAAUAGUACGGCGACGCUAGACAAACCGCCUCGAGGCAUGGCUACCUAUGAACGUGAUAGAAGAUAAAUACAUGUCGAAAAUAUAAACCAAGCUAGUCAAAUCUAAAAGAUAUAACAUAUGAAUCGUGUGAAUAGCUAUAGGCAUACUUUAUAGAUUCCAAGAGUCGGUGUACGAUUGUUAUAGAUCUACUGACUUUAGUCAGCAAAGAACCCGAUUGUGACACUUCGAUCUCGCGAAUUUAUAAUACUGCAAGUUUAUUGGAUGCGAGUUAAAUUAUGUGUGACUUUUUAAAAUAAUCACAAUUCAAAAACUCCAUAUUAUAAGAAUCACAUUUUCCUUAGUUCUCAGUGUCAUUUGGAUGCAAACUGCAGACGAAUCCUGACGAGUAUGAUUCAGCGCUGAACCUCAUACUUUUAUGUGAACGACUAAAACAUCUUCAGCGAAAGAGGCACUCCUGAGUUCAUUCAACGCCGAUCAACCGGUGGUCUUAAAUCUAGGAAUCGCAUAGCGUAUAGAAUAGAAUAUUUUAAAAAAUGAGGAUUGGCGUUAACAUGUGGUGGUUGGCAGUGUUUGUGGUGGCCUUGGUAGCGGCUGAUUAUGAUUACCGAUAUUAUAGUGAUACGUACGGCCAGGGGGAUUACCUAAGUGAUUGGACUCAGGAUUGGGCGACGAUGAGCGGUCGUAUACAGCGUCCCAAAUGUAUAGAUAUUCCUGCAAAUUUAACUCUGUGCCAGGACAUAGGAUAUUCUAGAAUGCGGUUACCUAAUUUAUUGGACCAUGAUACAUUAAACGAAGUAACCCAUCAGGCCAAAUCUUGGGUACCGUUAUUAGGAAUACACUGUCACCCAGACACUAAGUUAUUCCUGUGUUCUUUGUUCUCCCCUGUUUGUCUAGACAGACCGAUUUAUCCAUGUAGGUCUUUAUGUGAAAGUGUGAAGGAGGCGUGUAUGGUUCGAAUGCAGCCUUACGGAUUCCCAUGGCCUGAUAUGCUCAAGUGCGACAAAUUUCCUGUCGAUAACGACCUCUGUAUUGAGCAACAAAAUCAUAUCAAACAUGAUAGAAUAACAGCAGAUAACAACUGUACCGCCUGUAAACAUCCUCUAACGUAUGAAGCUAUCGUUGAUAAUUUUUGCAGAGCAGACUUUGUGGUUAGGGCAAAAGUUAACGAAAUACGAGAUCUUCUAAGCGGUCACAAGGGCUUCCUUAUAAAAAAGAAGAAAAAAUUCUUCAAAAAGCAAAACUUAACGAAAAAGGAUAGGAAGAAAAUGCUUCCUAUGAUAGAAUAUGGUAAAAAGUGCUCCUGUGACACCGUAAAUACAACCCAGGGGAAAUACUUGAUUAUGGGAAAUAAGGUGAAAGACGAAUUGUUUGUGUCUUUUGUUACGCCGUGGCAACGUAAAAACAAAGCCUUCAAGCGCGCCAUUCGUGCCAUGAAAAAAGGCGAUCUGUGUGAAGGAAUAUUCCAAGAACUUACCGCUGGUGAAGUAGAUAAUAAUAAAACCAAAGGACAAAAAGAAAAUGGCGGACGCAAAAAGAAGGGAAAGGGUAAAAAAGGCAAAAGGAAGAAAAACAAGAAACGAAAUAAGGGAAAAAAGGGAAAAAAUCGUAGAGGCGACAAGAAUAGGAAACGUAGGCCAAAAAAAAAGGAAAAUAACGAAGCCACAAUUAUACCGAAACCUGAAGGAGGAAACUGAUGACGGAUGUGUUCAAAUUAGUUAUGUGAUAAAACUGAACAGUUCAUAGUACGGAUAAUGUUUUGCGUUAGUGAAUUUACAGUCCUACGAAAAUGGACGUAGUGUUGUGAUCGUAGUUAACGAUUUAUUAUGAAAGAAAAUAUUUAAUAUCGAAUGCAUUUUGAAAGCCAGUAGAGACAAAAAUAGUCAACUAUCCACGUUGAUAUAUAUAUAUAUAUAAAUAUCAUAUUUGAUUGUUAUUAAAAUAUAUAAAUAUAUAAAUAACAUAUUUGAUUGUUAUUAAAAACGGAGCUUUAAUAUUUGUAUAUUUUUGGAAUACAUUAUGUGUCAAUUGUGAAUGUGUUCUGUAUUAGAUGCAAAGUUUGCCCGAAAUCCUAAGAUUUAAUAGAACUAUAUCAAGUAUCCAUAAGAGAUUUCUAAUAUUAAAAUCCAAUGUGUGCAUAGAAGAAGUUAUAUUGAGAGAUUUGGCAUAUGUUAGCCAUUUCUGAAAUGGAUAUAUUCAAAAUGAUAUCAUGAUAUGCUGCGAUUAAGAAUGACGAAAAAAUGCACGCAAGUUUUUUUUAAAUGAAAAAAAAUAGCGGUAAAAAAUCUAUAAAUAUAACUUUCAACGUAUUCUUAUCAUAAUUAUUUCCAUCAUGCAUAAACAAUUGCAAGAGUGACUUUCUUGUUUUGGCGGUCACAGACGUGUUCAGUGCUGUGUAUAUAAUGAUAUUAUGAAGAAGGAGAAAUUGUGAACAAAGGAUGUUUCCUUGUCUUAUUAUUAUUAUUAUUAAUAUUAUUUCAUUUUUAUCAGACGUUCAAUUUUUCCCAAAUGGCUUUGUGCUAUGUGCUUUAUUAUAGGUGUUUGUGUAAAUAUUAUUUUGUGCUUUAUAAUGAAUUUGUUAAUGACGUAAUGUUCAUCUGUUGCUAGAUAACAUCUCUAACAGUUUUUAUUGUUUUUUAAGCGUAUGUAAAACUCUAUGUGUUAAAGUUGUACGACCCAAAUAGUUGAGGUGCAGUGCAGAUGGAUUUGUCAUAAAGAUUUCAGAAUGACGACAAUAUAUAACCAGUUAAUGUGUAUUUUAUGACACAAAGAUACUACAACAAUAUUAGACCUUAUCAUGUGUUUUACAAAUAGAUGUAGAUUUCUCCGUUCUUGACAUGUGUCACUCAAAACUGGUUGCAUUCUCUUGGCAGAAUAAAGAUAUAACUAACCCAAGCUUACCAAUGAUAUUUGCCAAUAGUGAUAAAAUAUAUUUUUGAAUUGAUAUGGUUGAAACUAACUAAUUCGUGCAUACCAAUAUUUGUUUGUCUUUACAUUCAAAAUAAUUUCCUCAAGUUUACAUAUAUUUUGUUUAUUUUUAAAAUAAAUGAGAAACGAUCUUAUACCAAUUAAAACUGUUUGACGAAGUUAUGUCCUCAUUUCGAAUCUUCUGACUGUUUUCCAGGUCUCUGCAAACUACACAUUAACAUAUGUUUCCUAGGAUUGGAUUCCUAAAAUCUUUUACAUCCCUUCCACAACCCCGAAACAAUCACCUAUUAUUUGGCACGCAGAAUGUUUGCUUUAUUAUUAUUACUACCGUAAAUCAUUUAUGGAAGGUAUAUCACCUAAAAGCAGGUACUCGAAGAUGAAAAUUUGUUUUUACACGUUAUAUGUCAAAAUAUAGGCCACGUGUAAUAAAUAUCCAUAAAUAAAUAAAUAUGAAUACAACCUAACAUUUCUGAUAUCUGAUUUGUUUCCAGAAACGUAUCAUCAUGAUUUAUUUGAAAUAGUACGUGAGAUGUUCUAAAAUUGAUAAAAAUAAUUUUCAUAUACUUUUUAUCGCAAUAUAAUGAAUUAUGUUUCUUCUUUUGGAACUUCCUUGGGGAUCCUACAUCUAAUUUGGAACCACUUUUAAGUACAUACAUAUGUUUCCAUAGAAUAAAAAAUUUAGACCGAAGCAUCAAAAAAACCCAACCUAUUAUGAAACCAUAUCGAUUCAAAAGAUAUAACAGAGUAUAGGAAAAGUAAAUGGUGAGCUAUUUAUUAGAAGUAGGUGUAAAUGUAUGUGAAAAGAAAUUGUUUUAGAAUAAGUUAUAAUAAACGUACAUUGAAUUUCA